AGUCUCUAGUGAUAAAAUCCCUGUAAAUUUUCUAAAAAUUACUAACACUCCAGAUUUCGGAAUCUGGACAUUGGAUAUUUCGAGAAUUUUUUGAUAUUGUUAGUUGCAAUAAAGGUAGGAAAAUAAAAUCAUGGUCGUCACAGAUGAUCAUCAUAUUCCUACGGACGAAGAAUUAACUGUCGAGGAAGUUAACGUCUCCUUUCCGGUUCUUCAAUCUGCAGCUUUUCACCUCGGCAAGUUUUGUGAAACUCAAAACAAUGAGUUCAUGCUUUGUCGAACGGAAUAUCCGGACGAUUGUCGUCAGUGUUUAGAUCUGGGGAAGCAAGUGACUUCCUGUACACUGGAUUUUUUUAGAAAAUUGAAAAAAACCUGCUACGAUGAAUUUACGCAAUAUUCAAACUGCAUCGACAAAUCUAGCGGAGAUUCAGCCUUUGUUCCGUGUCGCAAGACCCAGAAAGUCUACGAUGCCUGUGUCCUGUCCAAUUUGAAAAUCGAGCGUCCGCGAAUCACAUAUUACGCGGAAGCGAAAAUAGUCGACUCGAAGAGACCUCCUCCGCCGAAAGAGCCGAAACUCAGAUUCCCGGAUGCCACUCCUGGUCUGCCGGAAGAUGCGCCACAACCAGAGUCUUCAUAUCCGCAUCGGUCAUUCAUAUAAAUUCUCUUAUUCCCAUUUCCUCUUCCAAAUAGUCACGGUCACGAAGAAAAGGGAAGAUUUGUUUGUGGCAUCUAUCGUGUUAAAAAGUUGGCGAAAACCCGCCAGGAUUUGAAAAAAAAACCCCUACAGCAAUGCAAAUAAAUUAGUAAAUAUGA